CACCGUUCUGCUACACCACCACUGAAGGUUGUAAACCCCAAAAACCCGUCUUCCCCCAGCAGAGCCAAAUCAAAUCUGCUGCUUUCAGCCUUCGAUUCUUGUUCCUGCCGCUACACUCCUCUUCCUUCUUAUGCUUUACAUGAGAAUUUGAUAUGAAAGCUUUCAGAGUUCUUCGACUUGUCUCCACGAUUCCUGCACGAACCCACCAGUCUUUUCUCCUAAAUCCAAUUUUUUCCCAUGGAUGUUACUCCGCCCAACCCGAGCAACACGAUUUGAAUCCCAACCCUACCUUCUCCGACUCUGAAAAUGCCUCAGAUUCCGUAUUUUACAGCGCGCACUUCACCAUUCCAAACAUGGAUUCAUAUACUAAAACUGAGCCUCAGUCCCCUGCAGAACCCUCUUGGGAUAUGAAGUAUAGGGCGAAGGCCGACCAACUUGUAUUUGGGAAAGAAUCCGAGGGGCUAAAAUACAAGAUUAUGGAGGAGGAGGAGGAAAGGAGACGGAGAGUGCUUGCCAAGGCUCUGCUUGAGGCGGCGUUGCAAACUGCUGACGAUGAGGAAGAAGACGAGGAUAUAACAGUGAAGGAGGAGGACCAGAAGUCUCUAGCAGUUGGGAUAAUUGGUGCACCAAACGCCGGCAAGUCCGCAUUGACUAAUUAUAUGGUGGGAACAAAAGUUGCUGCAGUUUCACGGAAGACAAAUACCACUACUCAUGAAGUCCUAGGAAUAAUGACCAAGGGAAACACCCAAAUUUGUUUCUUCGACACACCAGGGCUCAUGUUAAAGAGUAAGGGACUUCCUUAUAAAGAUAUGAAAGCUCGUGUGCAAAGCGCUUGGAGUUCAGUUGAACUUUAUGACGUGUCGAUAGUUAUUUUUGACGUCCAUAGACAUCUUACAAGGCCUGAUUCGAGGGUGACAGGAUUGAUCAAACGAAUGGGAGCAUCGUCACACCCAAAACAGAAGCGAAUAUUAUGUAUGAACAAGGUUGAUUUAAUCGAGAACAAGAAAGACUUGUUAACAGUUGCUGAUCAAUUCAAAGAUCUUCCUGGAUAUGAAAGGUACUUCAUGAUCUCGGGGCUAAAGGGGGCUGGAGUAAAAGAUCUUUCAAAAUAUUUAAUGGAUCAGGCAGUCAAAAGAGCUUGGGAUGAAGAUCCAUGUACUUUGAAUGAAGAAAUGAUGAAGAACAUCUCUCUUGAAGUUGUCCGGGAACGGUUGUUAGACCAUGUGCAUCAGGAAAUUCCUUAUGGGAUUGAACAUCGGUUGGUUGACUGGAAAGAAUUUCGAGACGGUUCUCUUAGGAUUGAGCAACACUUGAUCACCAACAAACCAAGUCAACGCAAAAUUCUUGUGGGGAAAAAUGGAUCUAAAAUUGGGAGAAUAGGAAUCGAAGCAAAUGAAGAGCUACGGUCUAUCUUCAAGAAACAAGUGCAUCUCAUCCUCCAAGUUAGACUUAAAUGAUGCAUCCGCCUGCUUCAACAAAUUCAGUCGCGAAGUAAAGUUUCCUUAUACCGAAUUAAUCUGUUUAUAUUGAAAAUCGUCGUAGAUUGUCCUAGAUUUGCAGAUCUCUCUCGCUCUAACUUAUGGUGGACGUGAAGAUGGAGGCGUCGGAGACGAGGCGUGAUUCGGUCAAUUGUUUUAAAAGACAGAAAUGCAUUGUGAUGAAGGGAAGAAUCACCAUUGUUCCUAUAGCCUGCGAGAAAUGAAUGAUAUCGUGAGAUUAAGAAGUUAGAUAGAUUUUGAUCUACCGAUAUAGUUUUGUUUCUUCUAUUAUUGAUAAUUUUAUAUGAAAGAAAUUUAUUUUUUGGUCUUUAUUACAUUGUUGUGAGCAUGAUGCAACCUGUUACAGCCUUACAGGCAUCUUUAAACAAUUGGAUGAGAGUCAAAUUCCGUCACAGGUGCAUUGAAAACUUGA